GAGUACUCCUCGGCGUUGCUCUUCUCGCCGGCGCAUGUCGCCGCAGAAGCAUUGGCUGCGAGGCCCUCUCUGCGCUUGCACAGGCACUGCAGCACUCAUAUCGCUGUGCAAUACGUCAAGCUGCUUCAUUCACUCGGCCAAGAGAUUGUCCGCAGUCGUUUGCCAGAAGUCUGCUGUGUCGCCACAAACGCACGUUUGCGCCAGCCCACUGACGCAGUUCCGGUUUCUGCACUGCCCUGUUUGUUUGGAGUUGUGACCGCCGCGCUCCUUUUGUACGGACAACAGCCACGGUUUCAUUUUUCACUUCUUCUCCCAACAUCAUUCUUUCCUAUCUUCCACUGAUCAGACGACCAUCAUGUCAAACAUUCCAGGCUUCCGCAGUGUCGGCUAUUACGUGAACUGGGCGAUCUAUGGAAGAAAUCACCAGCCUCAGGACAUUCCCGCGGACAAACUUACGCAUGUUCUCUACGCAUUCGCCAACAUUCGUCCUGAGACUGGCGAGGUGUACUUGACCGACGGCUGGUCAGACACGGACAAGCACUAUCCGAGCGAUUCGUGGAAUGACACUGGAAACAAUGUUUACGGCUGCAUCAAGCAAUUUUACCUUUUGAAGAAGCGGAACAGAAAUCUCAAAAUCCUCCUGAGUAUUGGCGGCUGGACCUACAGCAGCAACUUUGCCGUGCCUGCAUCCACCGAGCAAGGCCGCCGAACCUUCGCCACGAGUGCCGUAUGCUUGCUCAAGGAUCUGGGUCUAGAUGGAUUGGAUGUCGACUGGGAGUAUCCGAAGAAUGACGCGGAGUCGGGCGACCUCGUGAAGCUGCUCCAAGCAACUCGUUACGCGCUGGAUGAAUACUCGAACACUCUUCCGGAAAGACCGCAUUUCGAGCUCACCAUUGCCUCGCCUGCCGGGCCUUCCAAUUGUCAAUGGCUGAGAAUGCGCGAGAUGGACCAAUACCUGGACUUCUGGAACAUGAUGGCUUAUGAUUUUGCCGGGAGCUGGGAUUCCACUGCCGGUCAUCAAGCCAAUGUGUAUCCAAGCAAAGACAGCUCCAAAAGCACACCCUUCAGCAUCGACUUUGCUGUCAAAUACUACCUUCAGAACGGCGUGCAUCCAAGCAAGAUCGUGCUUGGAAUGCCGCUCUACGGCCGCGCGUUCCAGCAGACAAAGGGACCUGGCAAAUCCUUCAACGGCGUUGGCGAGGGAAGCUGGGAGAACGGCGUGUGGGACUACAAAGCCCUGCCUCGGCCCGGCGCCAAAGUUGUAGAGGACACCUCCGCUAUAGCAUCCUACAGCUAUGACUCUUCCACCAAGACCAUGAUCUCCUACGACACGCCCGCCAUCGCGGCAAAGAAGGUCGAGUACAUCCAGCGGAACAAUCUGGGUGGCGCGAUGUGGUGGGAGACGUCGGGCGAUAAGGUGCCUGGUGGAGGAGGCGGGCAGAGUUUGAUUGCUUUGACGGUCGAUGGACUAGGAGGGUUCGAGGGGAGGCAUAUGCAGAGGAAGGAGAAUUGUUUGAAUUACCCGGGGAGUAAGUAUGAUAAUUUGAGGGGUGGUAUGAAGGGCGAGUGA